AGAGACUGUCUCUGGAUGAGGUCCAGCAGAGCUCCUCCUCUCCUUCUUCUCCUAGUUUCAUGCAUUCCAGAAAUCUUUCUGUUGUCGGAUUUUCACUGUUAAAAGUUCAUCUGAAGGAUUGUAAAGAUUGUUUUCUCGUGUGACACAUAAACCCUGUAGGAGGUAUCUCAGGCUUCUCUGUAAUCGCACACCUAGUCGAGUAACAUGUCCUCUGAGGGGACAGUGCCAGCAGGUGAAACCAGGUUACAUCGACUCUUCGCCUGGUUUGACCCUGAAAGUGCUGCGGUGGUGACCAUCCUUUUGGGGCUGUUCCAGGUGCUGCUGUCUGUCCCGCUAGCUUAUGCUGACCAAACUCUGCCAAAGCUCUACAUACUGCCACUUGUCUUAGGAAUUUUAAUUGUGGCAGGAGGAUCAUUCACCAUGGCCAAUGAGAGGAACCCCAGCAGACUACUGCUUCGGAGUUGUGCAUGCAGUAAUGUGGUUGGCCUGCUGGGGGCGCUGCUCGCCUUCUGCCUCUACUGCUACAGCUUCAGCAUUUUACACAAAAAAGAGUUGUGUGUGUACGUUUCUCUUGGCCAUGAAUACGGACGACAUUCAAGUUAUGGGUGUCCCGGGGAGCUUCUGCAGGCCUAUUGCUGGAGUCUGACACUGCUGCUGCUGCUGCAUGACACUUGGGCUGCGGUCCUGCACUGCCUCCUGUCUGUCUCUGCUCUCAAAGCCCUCAGAAGAGACUAAUACACACAUACAUGGUGAAUAACUCCUUAUCAGCAGCUGAAUUGAAAACCACUUGUUUUUCCCUUACAAAUGUUUAAAAGCAGAUUUCUCUUUUAGUGGAUUUGGAGUUUUCAUAGUACGGAUGAAAAUGUGUUCUGACAUCAUAGAGUCUGACAUCACAGCAGUGGCCGGCAGGAAAUAAAUUCUUAGCACAGAAUUAAAUAGUCAGUAAAUAGAUGAUGAAAUAUUUUACAACGUCACGUGAUUAUGUCACGUAGUGAAGGUCCAGUAUGCCUGUUCCUGGAUUGGUACUUUCCAAUGGUCAUAUAUGUCGUUUUGUGAGGCAAUGACAAACGACCCAUUUUUGUUGUUUUGGUAUGUAAAUGUCUUUGUAUAGCGCCUUUCUAGUCUUUUCGACCACUCAAAGCACUUUAACACUACAUCUGCAUUCACCAUUCACUCACAUUCACACACUGAGCCUAAGUGCUCAAACAGAAAUUAACUUUCAAGGACAUUCAUGUUAAAGAUAAUACAUGAAAAUAAAGUUAUUUUUAAAUCAUCAUUAAUAUUUAUAUUAUAAUAUAUCAGUGUAUAUGUGGUCGGAUCAAUAACCCUAAACAUUAGUACAGAAAUACCAAAGUAGGUUUGAGGUAAUUUAGAAACAGUUUGUCCACCAGACAGCUCUGACAAACUGAUUUUUACACUGUAAAAUGUCAAUCACAAAAUCAGUUAAUCAAUAAAUAAAACAUUUAAGUGAUCCUUAUUAAGAUAAAGUAGUUUAUUGAUGUUAUGUUUCAAAAAUAUUAUUGCCCGAUAUAUAUCUUCUAUCUUUAAAAAUAGCAAUAUCAAUAUCGGCCUCAAAAAUCCAUUGUUGGUCGGGUGCAAUACAACCCAUGCCAAGUGACUUAAUUGGCUGCUGUGUGUGCGACUUAAUCAUGCUAUACGGUCAAAAGAAGCCUGUAGCAUUAGAGGCACUAUUUAAGAAACAGCAGCCUGUUGCACCAGCAAUACGUAAGUUCUACCUUAAGUUAGGGUGCAAAGUCUACACUAAACAAUAUGUUGAAACUAGUUACUAUUAGUUUAUUACGGUUUUGUCAUCUGUUUGUCUCUCUCUCUUUUUCAACGUUUGCAAUACUGAAAAGGCUAACGGCUAAAAAUAGCAACAAACCAACAAAGAGGGACCUAUACAAGGAAAUAAUUAUGAUUAGGUGAUAACUAUGAAACCUUAAUCUACGGCUAGUCUCAGAGACAUCGAGUGGUAAAACCGUUAACUACAACAUACACGUAAUUUAACGGAGCCCGAAACGAACGUAGUGUAACGAAAGUGUAACAGGCAUAUGAAAUUGUAACAUUAUAACUUAUAUAUACUAUUAUGCCCCUCGUAUUUCAAAAUCUAUGUUUGAGCCCCCCUCCCCACACACACACACACACACACUUUUCUCUGGUGAUUUUGGAGUUGGCUAGGCGAGAAGGUUUACUAUGAGUGGCUAGUCAAUCAAUCACUCCACAUCAGACAUAAUUAAACGGUUGAAACGCGGACAAAAACGUGUAAGUUAGGCCUAUAGAAAACAUCCGACGCAACGCAAAGGAGAUGCUGAAAAGUUACGGGAGAAAAAAUACGAGUUUGCUGAAGGCAGCUAAGUGCCUCAAUAUUACAGACUUUUCUUCUGUGCUGCUGUUAUUACAGCCUACCUGAAGACAACAGUGAGGGCACCUGCAGCAGGGUGGGGAGUAACUUGUUACAAGUAACUUUACGCAAAUUUGCAAAAAUAAAUAAAUAAAAAUAAGUCA